CUUUUUGCUGACUAAAAGACAUAAUUUAUAAUAUAAAUGUGGUCAACUUUCGUACGGGUCGUAUCAGUUCAGUGAGCACUAAAAUGAAAAAAGAUAUUGCAUAUUUUCUUAUUAUAAUCUGGAGCUUUAGUAUAAUUAAUGGUGUGGUUACUGUGAAAGUAAAUGAAUAUCUUGAGAAUCAAUCCAAAGUACUUGAAGACGAAUUGUCCCAACAGGAGAGCGUACAGAAAACAGAUCCCAGGAAUACUUUAACAUCGAUUAUACAAGAAAAAGAUCUUCCAGAAAUCCAUGAAUAUGUAAAAUUCUCGAUUCAGAACAAAACUUAUUUGCUUAUCAAAAAAGACAUUUAUGAACUUGAUAUUCGAGAUUCAGAUAUGCAUUUGCUAUCGCAAAACAUAAGUUUAGAGAGAGCUUCGGAAAGUGAGAUAAUAACUUUUGUAAAGGGAACAGUAUUCAAAAACACCACGUUUAUAAUACUAACAUCUAAACUGAUGGGUGAAGCAUAUAUUUACGUAUCCAGUAACGAUGCGUUCACCUUAGUCGAGACUCUUUUUGUCCCGGAUGCUACAGAUGCUCAUUUUUUCAUUAACAAUAAAAAUUUGUACUUGAUAGUCACUAGUAAUAAAGAAGAUUGCCUAGCAGUUACAUGGGUAUACAAAUGGUUCGGUCUUCAUUUUGAUGAAAUUCAAACGAUCUUUACGACAGGAGCGAUAAAGGUCAAUUCUUUCACUACUCCUAAUGCUGAAAUUAUCGUUAUUCUACAGAAUAAACCCAACAACACAGUACCAUCGCUUGUAUAUGAAUUUAGCAAUAAUGAAAUCAGAAAAAUACAGCACAUACGGACAUUUCAUCCAGUUAAUAUGGAAUUGUAUAUAAGCAAAAAUCGAAACUACCUAAUUAUCUACAACGAAAAUAAACACAAUACAAUUUAUUAUUGGGAUGGAUUUGAAAUUGUGGUUCAAAACAGAUUUAUAACAGACAGUGUGAUUUUAAUAACAACAAUUUUUAAUAUAAAUGAUACAUCACAUUUGGCAGUAGCUUAUAAUGACCAUAUCGAUAUUUACAAUUUAGGUUUGCGAAAUAUUAGAAAGGAAAUGCAAGUAACGUAUAAAUCAAAUUAUUCUAGGAUUUUGGAUGUUAACAUAGGGAUAAAUGACACAAUAUACGUUAUAGGAGAAGACAAUAAAACGAUUAAAAUAAAAUUGUUUGCAACAAAAAUGUCUUUAAUACAAAAAGACUUGACUGCAAUAAGAAGGGAUGAAAUACGGACCUGUUUUAUAAACUUGGAAGGAAAAUUGACCGAAAGAGAAAACUUAUUUACACAAAAAGAUGAUCAGCCUAGUAAAGACAUAUUAAUGGAGAGUUUGCAUACAGAACCUGAAAUUGAAACUCUAACAAAAGAAAUUAAGGAAAAGAUCAACAAUGUAUCAACAUCAGCAGAUCAAUAUACUGUACCUGUCGGCAAUAGUUUGAUCAUUAAUGGCUAUCUAACAGUUAAGGGAAAAGUUUCCGUUGAAAAUAUAAACGUUUCCGACGUGUCUAUUAAAAAAAUUAAUGGAAAAAGGUGGACUCCUGAGCGAUGGUUGAAAUACAAAGAACCCCAAACUAUUAAAGGAGUUAGUAUAAUUAAAUCUUUGACAGCAAAUCACAUGGAAACUACAAGGGACGAUCCAAUAUUUACAGAUAUGUUACUGAAACGUGGAAAUCCGAAUUUUACUGAACCUCUUUUUAUUGAAAAUCUAACAGCUAAUGCUAUGAAUGCCAAAACCAUUAACAGUGUGGAAGUCGAUAAUGUUUAUUCCCAAGCUCGUCCUCAGAAAAUUAAAGGUAUCAAAACGUUUAAAAACCUACAUGUCAUUGAAGCAAGAACAAACUCAAUAAAUGAUGAAAUACCAGACGAUACUUUGUCCGCUGUAGCAAAUGAAGCCCAUUCUCCAAGCAAUUUUGAUUUUGAAAUGGAAAUUGAAAAUUUAGAAGUAGAAUCCAUCAAUGGCGUACCUUGGGAUAAUUUUAAAAAUUCAGUGUUUAGAACAUUUGUUGACAAGGAAAUCAUAGGACCGUUAAAUUUUACAUACAUCAAAGUUACAGACCUGCAUACCACAAACAUUAACAAUAUUUCUGUGGACAGCCUUCUAACAGUAACAACCGACCAAGUAAUUAAUGCAGAUGUUGAAGUUGAAGAAGUAAUUGUUGAGGGUGAUAUUCUUGCAGAAACCGUUAAUGGAAAAGAGUUUACACCAGAGAAUUUAUACUUUAUUAAAAAUGAUGAGGUGGUAACAGAUCCAGUAAGUUUCGCUAAUGUCAUAGUUCGAAAUAACUUAAACCUUUCAGAAAAUUCAUUUGCUUCGUUGGUAGCAAACGAUAGUGAGCGGUUAUUGGGUACAAAUGAAUCUGAUUUCAUGCAAAUAUACAAUGAUAAAGUUACUAUCAAUGGUGAUUUAUUUUUAAAUGUUCUACAAAUAUUCCCGAACACUGAGUUGGUAGUAUCGGAUGAGGUAAUAGAUCCACAUCUUAGCAGAACAUACUGGACCAAAAACACAAUACAGGAAAUCCCAGUAAAACCACAUUUUAAAUCGUUAAAUACACCACAUUUAAUUACGGACUUAUUUAACGGUGUCAAAACUACACAGUUUUUACUAAACGAUAAUACCGAAAAGAUAGAAAGUGAUUUUUCCUUUUCUAAUGUUACUGUUCUUGGCAAUGUUGUACUUGGUGAAGCUGGCUCACAUAUUCCUGAUUUAGAGAAAAUAUCCAGAGAAGCUGUCAAAAGAAGUGGAAGUCAAACCAUACAUGGGAAAAAGAAUUACUUGGACACUCUUAGUAUCGAUGUUCUGGAAACUAAAAUAUUGGGAGAUAUUAACGUUUCUGAUGCCAUAAAUAGCAAAGCAUUAACAAAUGUUACAGGGAGAAAAACGAUCAAGAACUUGAUAGUAGAAGGUGAUAUAGAUUGCAAUCUGAAAAAUAUUAAAUCUAUAAAUGAUGUUGCAUUGGGCAGUAUAAGAGAAAAGUACGUUUUUAUUGAUCAGCCACAUAAAUUUAGCAAUUUGGAUUUCCACAUCCUUAAUGUAACUAAUUUAACAUUAAAAAAUAUCAAUGGCCACGAUUUAACCGUGUACUACUCGCUUGCUGAGUUGUUAAAUAGUACUAAGAUGUUACAUAAUUUAACAAUCAAUGGAAACGUUAGUAUUGACCACAUCAAGAAUAUGUCCUCGCUGAAUGACAUUUCCUAUCAAGAUUUAUUAGAACAUGCACCGCAUAUUGGACAACAUGGAUUUUUGGACAAAAUUAAAUUUUCUAAAGAAAUUAAGGUGGAUAAUUUAAUCGCUUCCUCAAUUAAUGAUUUAGAUCUUAGAAAUAUAACUCAAAGAGUAUUGACUAGACACAGAAAACAGAAAAUAACAGCACCAUUUACUUUUGAAAAUAUCAAAACAGAAAACCUGCUAACCCCACAAAUCAACGACAUCAUGGUCAAGAACAUAUUAAAUACACGCAGUCUAGUACUUCAAACCCUGUCUGUACCAAACGGAACAAUAUUCUCUGAAGUGGUACUUCAAUCUAUCAACGCUUCCACAUUUAGUCCUUGUAGUAUUGAAUCUAUAAGACAAGAAUUAGCUGAUCCUCCGACUCAGAAAUGGACCAAAGUUGAAAUAAAAGGAAACGUUACUCUGCUCGACGAAAAAUCGAUUUUGUACCGAGUCUUUGAGAAGGCUGUAAACCUGGAUUUUCGCAAUGUUAUUCAUGCACCAGUUAAUAUUUCUGAAAGUGUGUUAUUAACCAAUCUUAACACAGUAAAACCCAUUAAUGGAACCGAAAUCCUGGAUUUAUUGGAAGAUGCAGUGCUAUCAGAAUCAAAUGAACCACAGACAAUUACCGGCCAGAAACAUUUCCUUAAUUUGCGAGCUAAGAAUGCUAUCGUAUUAGAUAAUAUAGAUGCGGUCUUUAUCAAUGACGAGGAUAUUUCUUUACUUAACGAUGCCAUUGUAGAUAAGAAUGAAAAGAAUGUAUUGGUUAGAGGAAUGAAGACAUUCUUUUCAGGUCUACAAACUAACACAUUUCAUACCGAACGUAUUUUAAAUACAGAUCCUGAAAAUAUAGUACAUUUGGAUAAACCUAGAAUUAUCAAGGAAGCAAUAUUUGAUAGAGUAGCAGUGGAAAACAAUUUGAAUAUUAACUUUUACGAUAAACACAACUUUACAGAUGCAAUGCUCAAUAGAUUAGUUAUAGAUGGAAACACUUCUCAAGUAGCACAAGGAACGUAUUACUUCGAUAAUCUGGAUAGUGACAACUUCAUUACGCCGUUUAUUAAUGGUAUUCCAAUCAAUGACAUAAUUUUUGACCUAAGAGUCCAAAAUAUAUCAGGAAACAAACAUUUUAUUCGACCCAUUCGAAUAUCUGGCAAUGUCUCCAUUGAUUUUAUAAAUGGUGCAAAUGUAACUGAGCGCUUUGAGAAUGCAAUACCACUUGAAGGACCCGUAAUUAGUAAUGGAAAUGUUACAAUUCUUUUACCAACUAGCAAUAAUGGUUCAAUUCAAGCAGAAUUUAUAAAUGGACAACCUGUUGCACGAAUUAACAACAUACUAUCUUCGAGUGAUAGGAGACUUGAAAUGGAAGAAAUAUUCAGCAUGAAGACUGAGUUGGAAACAAUGGUCAAAAAGAUGGUCCCGUUAGUUAAAAGACUUUCGGAAGAAUUCAUGUAUUUAGAAAAGUCAGAUGCAUUGCAAGUAGAAAUGCCCAAUUCUCUUAGAGCUUCUUCUAUUGUAUCUGCCGAAGACGAGAUUGUAAUUCUCAUUAAUGGAUUUAAAUCGGGUUCAUAUUGUGGACUGCCAAACAAUUGCUCAUGUGCCGUACAGUCUUCCAUAGUAAUAUCUCCUCAUUCUUCGGUCAACGUGUUUCCCAAUUCAGGCGUCCAAAGAUUUUUCAGCUAUGAUGACGGAAACACCACAAUCAACUUCAUUACCAAUAGUGUCAGUACUAGUUCUCACUGUAGAACUAAUAAAGACAACUUAAUAAAUGAAAUAUCAAUUAUGACCUGGACAACAAAGACUAGAGGAAACAAGAAAGGCUCUUUCUAUCAAUAUAAUACAUUUUUUACUGGUUAUAUAAGUAAAGUGGACUUUUUUACACUAAAUGACAAAACUUAUGCGGUUAUUGGAAGAUACUAUGAUCCAAUUCUUGAUAGCUACGAUUUGGACUGUACGAUUAUUCAGAUUAGUGAAGACAAGACCCACGCUUUAGAGAUCCAAAGAAUACGCACCAAAGGAGUUAUAGAAGUAUACCUGAUGCAAACUGCACAAGGCGUGGUACUAGUUCUAGGAAAUCAGAUACCAAAUGACGUACAUCAUGAAAAUGAAUUUACAAAUAUUUAUAGGUUCAAUCCAAAUACAGAACAGUUUAUAUUUAUGCGAACGAUACCAUCUUUUGGAUGUUCCACUGCCACUGGUAUAGUAUUGGGUACGGAUAGUUUGCUAGCCCUAGCUCAUAGCGAAGCCCCAGUGCAAGUAUUAAAAUAUUAUCCUGAAUUUGAUAAUUAUUAUUUCUAUCAAAGUUUUCCCUUAGAGGAUCAUGCUAUAGGAAUAUCAUCAUUUUACACAAAAGGAAUCGACAUAACUGAAGCUUACCUUUGUAUAGUGACUUCAAGUGAACGAUACUAUAUUUAUUCGUAUAGGUAUUUGGAAGGAUUCAAGCUUAAAUGUAGUGGUGUAAUAGAAGGGCUUACAAAUAUUAUUCCUUUGAACUAUAACAAGCAGCUUUAUCUAUUUGCAGGAUCAGCCAAAAGCAGUUCUCUAUUGACGGUUGUAAAAAGUGGAUCAGAUUAAUCUUUUCGAUUUUUUCAAGUAAUACCAGUGCUCAUAAAUCGUCAAACAAUUUUUAGUUACAAAAUAUAACACCUGAGAUAUAAGUUUUGCCAGAAGUAUUAAAUAAUGUGAUUGAUUAAACACAUUUUUUUUAAAGUCACCUGUAGGUAAUUGUAAUUAUUACAGUGUGAAUUGUGUGAAGUGGCUUUAAAUAAAACUAAAUUUUGUAAAAUAUCCCUAAGUUGUCUACCUAAUACUUUGAUGCAUAUAAUAUAAGAACUGAGGAAACCCCUGACUAGUUCUGACAUAAAAUUUUUUGACGAAUAAAAUUUGCUUCAAGUAAAAAAACUAUAUACGACAACAAUAGCCCAAAUCUUCAUUUUUUAAGAAUAUUUUUAAUAAAAAUCGUUGUUCUUAAUCUUGUUGUAAUUGCUGUCUACUAUUUUAAAUUUUGUUUGAAUAUAAUCUUUUUAGAAAAAUUUAAAUAAUAAAAAUAAAUGUUUUAGUAAAAAUUGUUAGGCAAUGAUUAUUGUUGAUUUUUUAUUGUUUACUGUUAUUAUUUGUUAUUUUUUAUCGUUAAAAUUUAUAAAAAGCUAGUUAAUAUAUAUGUAUGUAGGUAUAUAAUUAUAUUAAUUAAUUAUCUAUUUUACCAUUUUAAUUUAUUAAAGUA